CCACACACGCCACCCCCCCUCCCUUUUGGCUUCACGCUCUCAUCAUCUAAAUCCUUUUGUCUCUUACGCACGCCACGCUUCACUUCUUCAUCAUUGAGCAUAUGCUGUUCGAUGAAAUGAUUGAUCGUCUAACUUGCUAAGUAGAGAGUGAGAGGAGGCACCGCCGCAACCGCAUUCCAUGGCUCUCGAGAUCGUAGCGCCGCCGCCAUUCUACCUUUCGGUCUCCACCUGCGACCUCCACCCCGACCAGACCGUCACGGGCUUCUGCGCUUCCUGCCUUCGUGAGCGCCUCGCCAGCCUCGACGUUACCCCUGGCUGCCUCUCCACGUCUUCCGUCUCCGCCUUCAGGUCCGUCUUCCCCAGGGCCUCCGCCUCCAAUCCCCCCUCCUUCCUCCGCCCCGAACUCCGCCGCUGCAAAUCGUUCUCCUCCGCUCGUUGCGCCUCCGGCUUCGAGACCGAGCGGAAGUCCUGCGACGCCCGCGGCCGCUACACCCUCUGGUCCCUCUUCUGCGAGGACGAAUUGGAUCGCGGCCAUCAGCCCUUGGCUCCCUCGGCAUCUGCAUCGGUGGAGGGCGGAGGGACCGAGGCCCAGUUCCGGAACCUCUGGUUCGCUCCUUCUUCCUCUGGUGCGGCCCCUCCGCUCAAAACCUUCGGUGAGGAGGACGACGCGGAUGAGAUCAGGGCGGCGGAUCCCAUGAUCCAUGUGGGAUCGUCAUUGGAGAUGGACCGGGGGGAGCGGCUUGAGGAGACAGAGGUGAAGCCGAUGAAGGACCACAUAGACCACGAGUUUCAAGCGAAGAAGCCUCCUCACAAAGACCCCAAGAAUAUCGCCGACAGCUUCUGGCUCGCCGCCUCCGGAUUGAGCAAGAAGCUUCAGAAGUGGCGGAGGAAGCACAAGGACAAGAAGCAAGGCGGCAUAGCUGCCGCGGCAGCUACGCCGGCUGAGAAGCCGCCCAAAUCCUCCCAUCGGCUACGCGACACGCAGUCGGAGGCGGCCGUGGACGCGUUUAGCCGGAGAUCCUGUGACACCGACCCGAGGUUCUCCCUAGACACUGGUCGGAUGUCCUUAGACGACCCGAGAUUCUCGUUGGACGAGUCGAGGGCCUCGUGGGACGGCUACUUGACCGGAGGCCGAUCAGGGUUCGCUCGGCUGCCUCCCAUGUUUGCCGUCGUUGAAGACGCCACCGCCGCUGCGAUCCUCCGACCGGAUAGCCUGAUCCCCGUGGAGGAGGAUGCUGUCGCCCCUGGCGGGUCUGCACAAACUCGGGACUACUAUUUGGACUCCUCAUCCAGCCGUCGCCGGCGAAGCCUUGACCGGUCCAAUUCCAACUCCAUCCGAGAGCAGCCUUUUGAGGUGAAGCCUGUUUCCAUUGCGCGAGUCUCCCCUGCUGGUAGCGCCGAGUUUUACCAUUUCCACCAUGCCAAUGUACUUGAAGACCGGGAAUUAAGAGAUUUGAGCUCAAAGUCUCUCAGGAAUGAGUGUUUUGGGAGAUUAGAUGCACCUUCUGGAGACCUUCAUGAGGGUUCUGCCACAAAGAAGCCCAGGAAAUGGAGCAAAGCAUGGAACAUUUGGGGGCUUAUACAGCGAAGAAGAAGCAGCACCAGAGGUAGGGCAGACAUGGCGGAGAGAUCCUUAUCUGAGUCCUGGCCGACACUAAGGUCUCAUCCGGGUUAUAAUGGCAGAAUUUUACAGAGCAACAGCAGUGUAGGCUUCAGGAGAUCUUUUAGUGGUAGUUUUGGCUAUGGGGGUGUGAGCCGGAGCAGUCUGGAGAGUAACAGGCACAGUAACAAAAGGAGGGAGGAGCUUGUGCUGGAGAGGAAUCGAAGUGCUAGGUACUCUCCGAACUGUGUUGACAAUGGUAUGCUGCGGUUUUACUUGACACCAGUGCGGAACAGCCGGAAGCAUGAAGGGUCAGGGAAGGGUAGGGUUAUUAAUUCACACUAUUUUAUAAGGAACAUGCUAGGAUUGUAUUGAGCUAGUAAUUUGCUCCACAAGGUGAGAUCACAAAACUUCAGUCCAGUUAUGCUUAGGUCUUCAGGUUGUGUUAUCUACCAUGACUAAACACAUAAAGAUUAUAUGAAAAACCUACAUAUAUCAUGGUUGUCUGCAUCUUCUAUUCAGCAAUUUGUGUUCCAGUCAUGGUUACUCAUCCAAAUGUUGGACUAGAUAUAUAAAGUCAGAAUGUGAAAUGGUUUGGAUGCCUGAUACUGCUGAUUUUAGUAGAAUGGAUUACCUUUGAAGAUUCUCGAGGUCUCAGAAUAAUGGAGCAUCAAUCCUCUAUGUUGGCAUUUAUGUCACAGGACAUAUCUUUACCAGUACGUCCGAAGCAAAUAACCUUCUGUUGUCAGAUGUCAGAAAUCUGCCUAAUUUUUCAUCUUAAAGAUGAUGCCAUCUAGAAGAGAAUCUGUUGUUGAAUAUUCAGAAAUUACAUGUAUAGUGCACUCAUUGUCUAUCGUGUGUACUUGAAUAUUCAGAUUGGACGCAGGAGUUGAGGAUUUUCUCGUUGCAUCCGGCUGAAAAUGUUUCCAUUUUAAUUUGUACUGGGGUUGAGUCCCAUCAAGAAAAACCAGAUCUGAGAGGUUGGAGUUAAAGAUGCAAUCUGAGAUGUCACUGCUUACUUUCUUCUGUCUAAAUCUGUUAUGAAAUGUUGCACCAAAACAUGAAAGCUGUUGGGAUGUAAAAUCUAAUUGUUGUGUCAACUACAUGGUGUUAGAUAGGAAUUGGACUUGUAUGUGUUGUGGUAAGUAAUCUUGUUUUCUUGGGUUGAAUAAACAGGACAUGAUCAAUAAACUUUGCUCUUAACUCA